GGACUGGACAAUAGCAAUAGCAAUAGCAAUAGCAAUGCAGGGGGAGAUGGUGCAGUGAGAAGGAACUCAUGGGGACAGUGCGCCAGAGCUCAAAGCGUUAGGCCAGACAGGGGGGAGAUAAUGAACCCAGAGCUUCAGAACACGUCCCGUGGACAUAGUCGCUGGUUGUCCCAGUCGCUGGGCAAUGGUUCUGCCUUGGUGCCGUUCCCGGACGGUAUCAACCCGUGGGACAUCUUGCUCUGCACCUCGGGCACUGUCAUCUCCUGCGAGAACGCCGUGGUGGUGGUCACCAUCUUCCACAGCCCCAGCCUGCGAGCUCCUAUGUUCGUGUUGAUCGGGAGCCUGGCCGUGGCCGAUCUCCUAGCCGGAGUGGGGUUGAUAGCUCACUUUGCGUUCGCCUACCUGCUGCCCUCGGAGGCGGUGAGGCUGGUGACGGUGGGGUUGGUGAUGGCCUCUUUCUCCGCCUCCAUCUGCAGCUUGAUGGCCAUCACCAUUGACCGCUACCUCUCUCUCUACUACGCGCUGACAUACAACUCGGAAAGGACGGUCACUUUCACCUACGUGAUGCUGGUGGUCCUGUGGGGUCUGUCCGCCUCCCUGGGCUUUCUCCCCGUCCUGGGCUGGAACUGCCUGAGGGACGAGUCCACCUGUAGCGUGGUCAAGCCCCUGACCAAGAACAACGUGGCCGUGCUCUCGGUCUCCUUCCUGCUGAUGUUCGCGAUGAUGCUCCAACUGUACAUCCAGAUCUGCAAGAUAGUCAUGAGGCACGCCCACCAGAUCGCCCUCCAGCACCACUUCCUGGCCACAUCUCACUACGUGACCACCAGGAAGGGGGUGUCUACCUUGGCCAUCAUACUGGGCACCUUCGCUGCCUGCUGGAUGCCCUUCACCGUGUACUGUCUGGUGGCCGAUUACACCUACCCGUCCAUCUACACGUACGCCACCCUGCUGCCGGCCACCUACAACUCCAUCAUCAACCCUGUCAUCUACGCCUUCCGAAACCAGGAGAUCCAGAAAGCUCUCUGGCUCAUCUGUUGUGGUUGCAUCCCGCCCAACAUCUUACUACGAGUGCGCUCCCCCAGCGACGUAUAAUGAAUUGCUCAAUGGAUCCACUUAAAAGCAACUGUAUAUUUUCUCAGGCAGUUCCUCGUUGCUGUCAAUACACCGUGAUCUAUUUCACUUCAACUCUUCUCGCUAUUAUUAAUACGUUCAGGUUCAUUCACCGGUGACUUUUCCACGACCUGACCUACGAGAGGUACCAACAUCGCCGUCUUUUCAUUUAAUCCCUGCAAUUUAAAUCUACAAAAAAAUUAUCGUGGCUAAUGUUUUUUUUUUGUAAACAAAUAUUUUCUGGUGUAUAAAUUAUUUACAGGUGGUCGCUUCCAUUUCGAAACUCUUGAAACUAUUUUAAGUGAUUUCAUUUUCGAUACAUACAGCAAUGUCUUAAUAAAUCACCGCAUAUAUUGCCAGGACUUUCUGCACUUUGUUGUUUCAAUGUGAAAGAUGUGUAUUAAUAAUAUAAUUGGUUUCUGAGAUAAUGUGUUAUACUUCCAAUAUACAAAAGUUAGAAAGAGAAUAUUAUUAUCUACUAUUUUAAGAACUGUAUGCGUUAGUUUUAAUCUGUAAGCAGCAGAAGAUAAACUGGUUGAUUUUAAUCUUGUUUUCCUGUUGUUUGGAUGUAGUUUUAAGAAACUUACAGUUAGAAUCAUUAACUGAAAUUAUAUGUGGGGUAGGGACAGGGGAGGAGAGAAGCACAUUUUUAAAUACAACCAACUAAAAAUGGUCUCCUCGCUACCUUAGUUGUUGCUCUCUGCUCUUUGAAACCCAUUCUCACUUUUCACUUCAUAAUCUGUGCUUUCUUCCAAAUCCCUAAGCACUUGAGCUAUGCUUUAGAACAUAGAUAGAACAUUACAGCACAUGAACAGGCCCUUUGGCCCACAAUUAUGUCAAAUUAAACUGAUCUCAUCUGCCUGUACAUGAUCCAUAUCCCUCUAUUCCCUGCACUUCCAUGUGCCUAUUCAAAAUCCUCUUAAAUGGCACUGUCAUAUCUGCCUCCACCACCACCCCAGGCAAUGCAUUCCAGGUCCCCGCUACUCUCUGUGUAAAAACACUUGCCCCACAUAUCUCCAUUAAACUUUCCCCCUCUCACCUUAUAGCUCUGUAGAGUUGGACAUUUCCACCCUGGGGAAAAGGUUCUGACUGUCUACCCUAUCUACGCCUCUCAUAUUUAUACUCUGGAACCUAGCCAUUGUAAAACAUUCUUCAGUCUGAAGAAGGGUCCCAACCCGAAACGUCACCUAUCCAUUUCUUCCACAGAUGCUAUCUGACCUGCUGAGUUCCUCCAGCACUUUUGUGUUUUACUCAGGAUUUUAGCAUCUGCAGUUCCUUGUGUCUUCAUUAUAAAUUCUUUUUUUUUAAAUAACACUAUGAAUAUUUCGUUGUUUGAAUCUGAACUCAUUUUAUGUUUUCACUCUAUAUUAACAAAAUUACAUUGAAAUCAAAAUCCUCCUGAUUAAAUGGAGAAAAUAAUUUCCUGAAAGAUAAUACUACCAGAAAAAGGAACUGCACAUAUCAUGUGUAACGUGAUAAAAUAUUAGUUUAAAUCCACAUAAAUAUUUAUUAUCAUGUCACUUUGUUGUAUUUUAGUUCACAGGCAUCAAUGGUUCCUUAUUCAGAAACAGCUAUUAGUCAAUGCAGGUUCAUGAGCCACAUCAUUUACAGUAUAUAGAUUUUCCAUCAUUGACCAAGUGAACAUUGCCAGCAACUAUCUAAUAUGAUAGAUAUUCUCAGUAAAUUACUUUUUAUAGUAAGUGAAGUUUUGUCGUGCUAGAUCGUAAGUAAUGUUUGUAAGUAUAUAAAAUACUUAAGUAGAACAUAGAACAAUGCAGCACAAGAACAAACCCUCCACCCCACAAUGCCAUGACCAUCACUUAUCUGCCUGCACAUAAUCCAUAUCCCUCCAUAUCCAUACGCCUCAUAGAAAUCUAAUCCAACAGCUAAUACCUGGGUUGAAAGCAGAUUCGCUGUUGUCUCUUUAUAGCUGUCAAAAUGCAACUGAACUAUAAAUGUAAAAGCACCGUGUUACGUGGAAAUGUGUUUUUUAUAUAUUAAUAGUGAAAUGCACUUUAUUUUAGCAAAAAAAGGCACAAUCAUGUCACAUAGAAAAGGGAACAGCACUGAUUAUUGUUACAUUCUCCGAUUAUCAUUUAAAUGAAAAUAAUUUUCAUUGUAAAUUGUUAUUAAUUUUGUAUACAUAAAAUGUGAUGAAAUAAAGUCAUUUCUUUAAAAAAUGGAAUUGCAGUUAUUAUGAGGGAGGUGAAUGAGCUAAAUAGUAUACCAGUGUGUUGUGUUACAUGAAGGUGGGAACUGGUUUCAUCCUUGCAUUUAUCAAUGGUUCAAUUCAAUGGUUCAAUGGUACUUUAUGUAGGGGGAUAUGGGCCAAGUGCGGGCAGGUGGGGGACCUUGGUUGGGCUGGAGGGCCUGUUUCCUUGCUGUAUGACCCUAUGACUCUAAUGGUACUUUAUUGUCACAUGCUACAGAGGGGCAGCACAGUGGCAUGGUGGUGGAGUUGCUGCUUUACAGCGCCA